GCGCGACAGCUCACCCGCCUGCGCAUCAAGGAUCAGCAGAGGAACGAGAGGCGGCACAAGAAUCUUCGACGACGAUGCGUGGAAUACGAGCCUGGCGACUGGGUUUGGGUUUUACCCUAAUACGCCGACGAGGACUUGAAACAUCGUACCAGAGAAGUCAUUAAGGGCGUCCAGGCUUCGCACCUGUUUCAAGUGCUUGACUGCGUUUCAAGAUGGCGGGAAAGCAAUCCCGUAGUGUUAUCGCAUCUUCUUCCACCGAUCCGAGGGAGCGGACCCGCGCUCCCGGGCAUCUCCGCUCCCAAACAACGCCGGCCGCCGCGCCCCUCGGUGGGGGCGCUCGCGUCGCGGCAGCGCCGGCAGCCAACGAGCGACCCCGCUCUCGCCCCGCUCUGCUCUCCGGCGCGGGCAGCGGCACGUUUGUAUCGCGCAGAGAAGGCGUCUCCGCGGACGCGUCAGGGCGCCCCGACGCAGCUUGUGUGCACGACGCUUCGCUCCUCGAUUCGACUUCCCUUUCCGCGUGGUGUUGACCUGCGUCGAAAGAAAAAAAAAAAAAGUGCGCGCCGCGCGCGUUGGCUUGGCCGUGCCUCGCGAGCGAGUAUUUCCCCAAGCGGCCAAGACGACGGCGGUGCUGUUUCGCGCCCCGUGGACGAGCCUAGCGAGAAGAACGCGACCGGCACGCGUCCGCUGGACCACGGCGCGUUCUCCUCCGGAGAAGCGGUGCGCCGCCGCGCGCUUGUGAAGAAAGGAAAUCGGCGGUGCUGCGGGGGUUGCGACCGUAGCAUGAUAGCCGAGCGAUGGCACGCCAGCGUGAUCGCCGCCAGUGGUCCCUCAAUCUGUGGAUAACGGCCUGUCGGAUUACCGCCACCUUUCUCCUCGCCCUCGUCGUCUGCAGUGCGGACGCCGCGGAUGCAGCGUCCAGUCACGGAGGAGGCGGUGGCCGCUCGCCGCGCAUCACGGAGCAGCCGGUGGACGUGGUGGUCCGCAAGCACGAGCCGGUGACGCUCCGGUGCGGCGCCGACGGCGACCCUCCCCCGCGGAUCGCGUGGUUCCACGACGGGCGACCCGUGCGAAACUCAGCCACGCGCAUGGUCCUGCCCGAGGGACAGCUGUUCUUCCUGCAAGUGCAGCACAGCCGCCGGGAACAGGACACCGGACUCUACUGGUGCACGGCCACCAACGCGUUGGGCACGGUCCGCUCCCGAAACGCCAGCGUCGAGCUCGCCGCCCUUCGCGACGAGUUCCGCCAGCUGCCCAAGAGCGUCCACGCGGCGGCGGGCGACUCGGCGACGCUGGAGUGCGUGCCUCCCAGGGGCCACCCCGAGCCCACGGUCACCUGGUUCAAGGACGGCGUCCAGGUGCAGCCGGGCACGGGGCGCGUCCGCCUCCUGGCCCAGGGCGCGCUCCUGAUCGCCGACGUGCGGCCCUCCGACCAGGGGCGCUACGUGUGCCGGGCCGCAAACAUGCUCGGCACCAGGGACUCGCCGCCGGCGCUGCUCUCCGUGCACACGAAGCCCUAUUUCGUUCGUGUCCCAGAAGAUGUGACGUCACUCGCGGAAGAAUCCGUCGAGUUCCAGUGCAAGGUGAACGGUGACCCCAAGCCGACGGUUACGUGGAGGAGGCAGGAUGGCAAGAUGCCCGUUGGCAGGGCCUACGUUCAAGAGGACAAGAGUCUGCACAUUAAGAAUGUUGCCCUCGCAGACGAGGGAACAUACAUUUGUGAAGCAGAAAACAUUGUUGGAUCGGUCUCUGCUUCGGCAACAUUAACCGUGCACUCGCGUCCCACAUUCCGCCUCACGCCCCAGAACCAGAAAGUGGGGCUCAACGGUGUCGCCAAGUUUGACUGUCUUGCGACAGGCAACCCCCCACCGUCCGUGUUCUGGACCCGAGAAGGCAACCAGGUGCUGAUGUUUCCGGGCAAGUCUCACGGCCGCUUCUCCGUUAGCAACGAGGGCACGCUGACCAUCUCCGGCGUGCGAAAAGAGGACCGCGGCUACUACGUCUGCUCGGCGCUCUCCGUGGUGGGCUCCAGCAUGGCCAAGGGUCACCUGGAGGUCACCGCGCUGGCCGACCUGCCUCCUCCCAUCAUCCGGCUUGGACCGGCCAAUCAGACUCUGCCGCUGCACACGGCCGCCCAACUGCCCUGUGAGGCGGCUGGCACGCCCAAGCCCGUGGUGCAGUGGCUCUACAACGCUGCUCCGCUGAGGGUCGAGGAUCGCCCCCGAUAUACGCUUUCGGAGUCUGGCACUCUUCAGAUACAAGAUCUCCAAAUGCUGGACAGUGGGGCAUACACAUGCAAAGCCUCAAGCGAAAGCGGCGAGACAUCUUGGACUGGAUCCCUCAGUAUUGAGUCUCCGCAUAACCCAAACGUGAAUUUUCAUCGCUCCCCUGAUCCCUCCACGUUCCCGGGACCCCCGUCACAGCCAGUGCCGGUAAACACGACCGAAACUUCGAUAACGCUUGCAUGGAGACGCAGCGAGAAAGUGGGUGCGUCCUCGCUCAAGGGAUACACAAUUGAGUACUACAGCAGCGACCUGCAAAGUGGAUGGGUCCUAGCAGCCCACCGAGUGCUCGCUGAAAAAUACACCAUCCAAGCUUUGCGGCCCGACUCACGCUACGUGUUCAUCGUCCGAGCAGAAAAUUCACACGGGCUAGGAGUUCCUAGCCCUGUCUCUGAACCUAUACGAACUCUAGGAAUGACACCACAUUUCCUCCCCGAGUUCAACCUGGACGAAGCGCGCGCUAAGCUCAGCUCGUGUGUUGUGUCCCUGCAAGACAUCCGGGCCGUCAGUUCAACAGCCGUCAAGCUGAAUUGGAAGAUCCAGGGCAUGAGGGACUACGUGGAGGGCUUUUAUAUUCGAUUUCGAGACAUGAGUGGUGGCUCGCAGAAGUACAACAUGGUGACUGUACUGAACGGCGGAGCGCUAUCAUAUGUACUCAAUGACCUGAAGAAGUUCACGAAGUACGAAUUCUUUCUUGUACCGUUCUACAGAAGUGUCGAAGGGCCGCCGAGCAAUUCGAGGAAUGUUCAGACCCUGGAAGAUGUGCCAACAGCGCCACCCGAAAGUGUGGAAGUGCAAGUCCUGAAUGGCACAACGGCAACCAUUUUCUGGUCUCCUCCGCCGCCGCAACACCGCAAUGGAAGGCUCAGGGGAUAUAUUGUGUACGUGGACGGAAACUCUUCUAAUAUUCACCUGAAUCAGAGCACGAACUCUACGACUAACAGCCUUACGUUAAACAACCUGAAAACAGGAGCUUCUUACGAAGCACGUGUCGUAGCCAUGACUACUGUAGGUGGUGGACCAGCCAGCAGCGCCGUCCUGUUCAAAAUGGAAAGCCCAUCUGCAUCAACAGCACUCUCUACACCUUUUCAAAACAUCGUGACACAAUCAUGGUUUAUCGCACUUUUCGGAUUCUUGCUGCUCGUGGCUGUCACUGUCUUCGUCCUUCUUUUGAUACGGAAACGAAGGCUGCAACAUGCGAAAUCGCUCACAACAGUUCCUGUACAUAAGCAAGAAGACAUCAGCAACUGCUUCAACUCCCUCAAUGGCCGUCCUGGCCUCAGCCCUCAUGAAGCCUUGUGGAUUAACCAUAGUGCCUGGAGAUCCUCUGACCAAUCCAAGGACUCUUUUUGUGAAACCAAGCUUCUUAACAAAAUGAGCUGUGCGUCAAAUGAUCUUAACUAUUCUAGUGUCUAUGCACCUCUAAACUGUGGGAUCAAUGCGCCUGACUAUGCAGAAGUGGAUGCGCAGAGCAUGACAACUUUCUACAAAAAGGACCUCCCCUCGAUUCCAGAGCCCUAUGCAACGACUACGCUAAUCAACCCAUCACUCCAGAAGAGCCUAAAUGGUUCUGCCAAGGAUGCUCGCAGUGGAAGCUCAGCGGAAGAAGGAAGCCGCAAAUCUGAGAAGGCCUUUGACUUUGAGCUUGCGCGUGCAAGUGAAGACGGCAUCACAGAUCGGCUGUUGGAAUCUGAGAAACUUGCCAGUCCCGCCAGUGACUCAGGAAGCUACACAACAGACGAGUAUGGAAUGCCAAUAAAAAAGUGCCGGCAAAAGUUCUCGCGCGGAGGACCUUCUUCCAAGGGACCAAUGAUGAAUUGGUCUGAAAUCAUUCCUCCACCACCUGAGCAACCACCCAGUGAGGCUGGGUCUCCAACAAAUACUCCGGCAUGCUUCCGAGGGACACCACCUCGCAAUGUACAACUGAAGCAGAAGAUAAGCGGAGCGCAGCCAAUGUCCAACAUGAGGGGAGCCCAUGGUCCGCCUCGAGUACAAACACAUUCUCCAAGAAAUACUCUAAACCAGUCCAGCAACAGUCUUGGGAGCUCCUAUGCAGACUCCUACCAAGGCGUACCGCCGUUUUUUCCCAAGGGACAAAGGUCCCUUCUGAUGCCGUUGCAGCCUCAGCAGUCACAUCAGCAACAACAGCAGCAGGAGCAGCAGCAGCUAUUCAGCAACCCUUUCAUAGACCGGGGAGUGCAGUCAUCACUGCCAUCACUGAUAAAUGAGCCACGCUCAUCGAACCGUACUACUGAACCAACAGGAGUUCGGUUCGGCGCCAGCCAAGGCUAUAUCUACGAAUCCGCAAAUGCUGAGUCGGAUGUGGAACUGCUGACACGGCCACGAUCUAUAGAAUCCAGUGUUGCUGGGGACACAGACUACGCUCCAAGCCAUGCGCCAUCGUGGACCAGCACUACGGAACAGAGCAACAGCUCUUGCACAAGCGGCCGCUCCAGCCGCGCCAGUUCCUACGAUGACCCUGUCUACAAUGAGGUGGAUUUCGUGAGCGCAGUGGCACGAGCCGCGCAGAACGCUGGGUUCCAAGUCAAUGGCUCUGUCGUCUCCACAACAACGCCAACACCCGAGCAAGGUGCCAAGCGCAGCUUUCAUGAACGAGAUCAUAACCAGCAAACUCAAAAAGUCACGAACUUGCCUAUAAAUACGAGUAAGACGCUGACACAUCAAGUGAAGAAUAAUGAAACCAAUCCUCAGAAUCAGCUUUUCUCUCUAAGCCUGCCUAGUCAGAGGACGUUAGGGGACCAGCGUCCUCAGCAUGACGAAAAUAAUCAGCCUAUGCAAAGCAAUGAUGGGGCGCCAUACAAGCCGCCUAGCUUCCACAUUUACCAUGAUCCUCCGCACCUGAUGACACCUCCAGGCAGUGGAAGAAAGCAGUGGAGAGCAGUGAGCAGGGAUGGAGAAGUUAGCGCCCAGGUCAUAAGUGGACAUUUGUACCAUGGGUCUACGUGAAGAGAGAACUUUCACCUUUCUUCAAAGAAAAGAAAAAAGAAAGAUUCCCCAGUCACGUCGACACACAAAGGCGGCCCUGCAUCAGGACCGCUGAUCAAGGUCCUGCCACGUACGGAUGCAAACACAAGAAGUCGGCGGAUUUGAAUGCCGUGUGAACGUCGAUGUGACUCGCCAACCAAGUUCCUUCCGUUUCUGUCAGAGAAGCAGCUGACGCUGUGCGACCAGUCCGUCAAAUUAUGCAAGAGGAUGUAACGUGUGCCAAAUAUGGAAUGCCAUAUGCAAUAAUUAGAAAAAUCAGCAGAAGCGUCUGGCAACUAGACUGGCCGUCGUGUACCACAGGACGCUGGUGUGUGUGUGUUUUUGUGUGCGUGCGUGCUUGUGUGUGCGUGCGAACUUAGCAAGAAGUGUAAACAAAUAUAUGUGGAUUUAUUUGUUUUGUAGAUAUGCAAGCGUGAACGAGAGCGCGAGCUUUUGUAUGUGUUGACUCGAAGACUGUACAGCGGUGGACAUCGUCAGCGCCUGGCUCACUCUUACUCGUGCUGCCAUUUCGGAGCAUAUCACUGGACUGAGCUCUGAAUAUUGUGAUUGUUGAGGGGGCGCUGCGGGACACUCUUCCUAGGUAGCGCAGCUUUUGCCGAUGUCUUCAGUGGUCACCGAUUCAUGUACAGACAACUGCAUGCUUUCGUAUGGGCAGCGUACCCGGACGUUUUCUUUUAAUUUAUUGUUGAAGACAUUACUUAAUUUUACUUAAGAGGCGUGUACAAACAAGGCAGAAAAAAGUCACAGAAAUAAAAGUCACUAUUGUUUACCUGCUGAAA